AACCCAAUACUUCUCUUUCAACCAGAAAGCGAUCUGCAAACCCCAAUUAUUCAGUCCCUCUUUUAAACUCUCCUACCCCAUUUCCACUCUCCUCCACCACUACCACUGUUCCUCACCAUGGCCACUGAUGCCUCCCCUGAAUUCAGAACCGUUCCUCAACCCCACGACUUCCACCCCGAAAUAUCGGUAUCUCUAUCACCCACCCACGACGGCCUUGAGUUCAGGCAGUUCAUGAUUGCAGGCUCCAUAGCUGGCCUAGUUGAGCACAUGGCUAUGUUCCCAGUAGACACCCUCAAAACCAGGAUGCAGGUUUUUGGUGGGUCUUGCUCUGUUCAGCCAAUCGGUGUUCGACAAGCCCUCGGAUCGAUUUUGAAACUUGAAGGCCUUGCAGGUCUCUACCGUGGGAUUGGGGCAAUGGGACUUGGUGCAGGACCUGCCCAUGCUGUUUAUUUCUCAGUUUAUGAGAUGUCCAAGGAGUUUUUCACACGUGGAAAUCCAAAUAGUUCAGCUGCGCAUGCAGUUUCCGGAGUUUUUGCAACUGUUACAAGCGAUGCUGUGAUCACGCCCAUGGAUGUUGUGAAGCAGAGGUUGCAGUUGCAGAGCAGCCCUUAUAAUGGUGUUGCAGAUUGUGUGAAGAGGGUUUUGGUGGAAGAAGGAGUAGGAGCUUUUUACAAGUCGUAUAGGACCACUGUUGUGAUGAACGCCCCAUUUACUGCUGUGCAUUUUGCUACAUAUGAAGCUGCAAAGAGAGGGCUAAUGGAGGUGUCGCCAGAGAGCGCCAGCAACGAGAGGUUGGUGAUUCAUGCCACUGCUGGUGCAGCUGCUGGGGCUUCGGCUGCUGCUGUCACUACCCCUCUUGAUGUUGUGAAAACCCAAUUGCAGUGCCAGGGGGUGUGUGGAUGUGAAAGAUUUUCUAGCAGCUCGAUAGGGGAUGUUAUUCGAAGCCUCGUGACGAAGGAUGGAUAUCGAGGGCUUAUGAGAGGUUGGGUUCCCAGGAUGCUCUUUCAUGCUCCUGCAGCUGCAAUUUGCUGGUCUACUUAUGAAGCAUCAAAAACCUUCUUUCAAGAACUCAAUGGCAGUGAGAGUUGCAGAACCUGAUCAGGUAACAUUCAAGGUUGCAUAUCUGCAGAAACCUCAAUUGGGGUUCUCAAUUCUCAUCCGGGAGCAGCAGCAUUUGGAGUUCCACAUGCACAAAAUCAGCUCAGUCCAAGCCCUUGUUCAUGUAAAAACAAUUAUGUAGAUAUAAAUUAUCAAUCGAAGGGGGAAUGAUCAUUCCCAGCUUCUAACUGCUUGGCAAAAACGAACUAUUCUUCAUGGAUUAUAUGCUCA